AAGAAGAAGAGGAGAAGGAAGAAGCAGGAAUUGUCAGGAACAUUCCUGUGGAAAGUCAUCACUGAAAGGGAGAGAUCAUUGGGUGUUUCAUCUUUUGACCCACCAGGAGAAAAAGAAGGAAGAGAGAGAUUUGGGAGAAAGGCUUGUGUUCGUGUAGUGCUGCAGUCACUUUCCUCUGCUGCUUUUUGGCCUGCUUUUUGGAAGGAGGAAUAUACAUACAUUAAGCUGAGCUGGGUCUUCAUGGAUGCUUUGAGGAGAAGAACCUUGCUCAAGGUCAUAGUUCUUGGUGACAGUGGGGUGGGAAAGACCUCCUUGAUGAACCAAUACGUGUUCAAAAAGUUCAGCCAGCAGUAUAAGGCUACAAUCGGAGCCGAUUUUGUCACCAAGGAACUGCAGGUUGAUGAUAAACUGGUCACUUUACAAGUCUGGGACACGGCAGGGCAGGAACGGUUUCACAGCCUCGGAGCGGCAUUUUACAGAGGCGCAGAUUGUUGUGUCCUUGUAUACGAUGUCAACGUUAGUAAAACCUUCGAAUCGCUUAGCAAUUGGCACGAGGAGUUCCUUAAACAGGCAGAUCCGGCAGAUCCAGAGGCGUUCCCCUUUGUAUUGCUCGGGAACAAAAUAGACAUAGACGGCGGGCACAGUCGUGUGGUUUCUGAGAAAAGAGCAAAGGAAUGGUGUGCUUCCCGGGGAAAUAUUCCGUACUUCGAGACCUCAGCAAAAGAAGAUUACAAUGUCGACGAAGCGUUUCUGUGCGUCGCGCAAACUGCACUGGCAAGCGAACACCAACAAGACAUAUAUUUCCAGGGCAUCUCAGAAACAGUUUCUGAAGUUGAGCAAAGAGGUGGCUGUGCUUGCUGAAGUAUGCUUCCUAAAGAUUUGCAUGGUCUUCAUUCAAUUCUUUCACAAUAUCCUACACUUGUUUUUUUUUUUUUUUUUUUACAUGUUGGGGGUUGGGAAGAGGCAGGUGCCCCUACUGCGUUGAGUGGCUCGCACCAGCAUUCUCUUUUGGGGAACAAUGUCAUUCAAUUCUCAAAAGUAGUCUCAGACUGCUUCAACCAUGAAAUUCAUUAUUCUCAAGGAAUGAAAGAAAGAUGCUACAUGUAUGUCUGUGGGUCUGAGCUAUAUCAGUUCCAAAUCGAACAUUCUUAAUCUGCAAUUUGAUCA